CCCCCCCCUCAAACCCAUUUAGUUGGAACUUGGUUACCUCUACGCAAAGAGAACUCGGUGUGUUCCUUCUACCCGCAAAGGUUCCAAAGAAUCCAAACACCUUCCUUCUGAAGGGGUACGAAUACCUUUUAGCUGUAAAUUCUACUUUCUGUACGCAUAUUUCACAAAUUUUCGGUCUCCACUCCAAUCCUGCGCUUGCCCCCCUCUUUUAUUACUGUUAUGUGCCGACAAGUAAGAAAAAAAAAAGUCCUUUGUUUUGGGGGUUCGAUCCUUUGGUGUUACCUCUACUCUUUACUGAUAAUCAAUCUGUUUUCUUGUCCUGGGUUCAUUUGCUGUUCAUCCGAAUUGGCUCCCACACUAAAUCGCUUUCUGGGUAUUGAAGUUUUGUUAUCUUACUGCAUAAUUACGUCUAAAGUUGGUAAUAUAUGGGCUGAGGUGCACAUUUCAUGGGAGGCGUUGAGGAUGAAGAACCAGCCACAAAACGCACGAAAGUGUCUUUUGAAGAAUUGAGAGGUCUUUCAAACGGUUCAUCUUUUAUAGAGCCUGUAUCUGCUUCUUCGAGUGAUUUGAUGGCUCGACCCCUAGCAUCUGAAGGGGACAAAGAGGUUGUUGGUUCUAAAGGAAUUAUUAAAAGAGUGGAAUUCGUUCGAAUAAUAGCCAACGCGUUGUACUCUCUUGGCUAUAAGAAGAGUGGUGCGCACCUAGAGGAAGAGUCUGGAAUACCAUUACACUCCUCCGUGAUAAAUGUGUUUAUGCAGCAAAUACUUGAUGGAAAUUGGGAUGAAAGUGUUUCUACAUUGCUCAAAAUUGGACUGUCAGAUGAAAGGAUUGUUUUAUCAGCCUCUCUUCUGAUUCUAGAGCAGAAGUUUUUUGAACUUUUGGAUGCAGAAAAGGUCAUGGAUGCAUUGAAGACAUUGAGGACUGAGAUUGCACCUCUAUGCAUUAAUAAGAGAGUUCGUGAACUUUCUUCCUGCAUAGUUGCUCCUUCACAGUGUAAUCUAGUUGGGUCUUGCAGUCAAGACAUUGUGAGGUCAAAGUCUCGUUCAAAGCUACUGCUGGAGUUGCAGAAACUGCUUCCCCCAACAGUUAUGAUUCCUGAAGACAGGUUGGAACAUUUAGUUGAACAGGCGCUUCUUUUGCAACGAGAUGCUUGCAUUUUCCACAACUCUUUGGAUUAUGAAGUGUCAUUGUACACUGAUCAUCUGUGUGGAAGAGAUCAGAUUCCCUCCCAAACGUUGCAGAUAUUACAAGAACACAGGGAUGAAGUCUGGUUCUUGCAGUUUUCACAUAAUGGGAAAUAUUUGGCUUCAUCAUCGAAUGAUCGUUCAGCAAUCAUAUGGGAGGUUGAUGUUAAUGGUGGAGUGUCUUUAAAGCAUAGAUUAUGUGGCCACCAGAAACCUGUCUGCGCUGCUUCGUGGAGUCCUGAUGAUCAUGAACUCCUUACCUGUGGACUGGAGGAGGUUAUCAGGCGCUGGGAUGUUUCUUCUGGUGAGUGCCUACAUGUUUAUGAGAAAGCUGACAGUGGCCUUGUGUCCUGUGGAUGGUUUCCAGAUGGCAAAUGGAUAUUCUCUGGUGUCAAUGACAAGAGUAUUUGCCUGUGGCAAUUAGAUGGGAGAGAGCUGCAGUGUUGGAAAGGGCAACGAACUCUUAGGAUAUCUGAUUUGGAAAUAACGAAUGAUGGAAAACAGAUUAUAAGUAUUUGUAGAGAAAAUGUAAUACUCUUACAUAACAGAGAAGCAAACACCGAAAGAUUAAUUGAAGAGGAUCAAACAGUAACCUCGUUUUCACUAUCGAGGGAUAAUAGGUUUCUGCUGGUUAAUCUUCUGGACCAAGAAAUCCAUCUCUGGAACAUUGAUGGUGACCUCAAGCUUGUUGCCAAGUACAAAGGUCACAAACGCGCCCGGUUUGUGAUCAGAUCUUGCUUUGGUGGACUUGCCCAAGCUUUUAUUGCCAGCGGCAGUGAGGAUUCUCAGGUUUAUAUAUGGCACAGAGGGUCAGGUGAGCUGAUAGAGGCAUUGCCUGGCCAUUCUGGAGCUGUGAAUUGUGUGAGCUGGAAUCCAGUGAACCCCCACAUGUUGGCAUCAGCCAGUGAUGACCACACAAUACGGAUAUGGGGCCUAAAUGAUCUAAGAAUGAAGCGCAAAGAUACACAUAGUAAUAGCGUCCACUAUUGCAAUGGGGGACCUGAAAGGAGUCUGAAAGGAAGUCAUUGGUUGUAAUUUGUUAUUUUCUCUGAUCAUUGUUUCUUUUGUGUAAAUACUUGCUCGUCGCUGCAAGCAGACAUUUUUUAUCAAACAAGCAUGUGAAUUCUGCAACAAGUUUAUGAAAAUAAAUCUACCAUUUUAUUUUUACCUUUUUA